CAACAGACGGCUUCCUUAUCCAGCCAAGAAGACCACAAAGUUCAACAAUGGCCAUCACUGACAUCCUCUCUGCUAAAGAUAUUGAAUCUGCUCUCUCCAGCUGCCAGGCUGAUGAUUCCUUCAACUACAAGUCCUUCUUCUCCACGGUUGGAUUAUCCAGCAAAACUCCUGAUCAGAUAAAGAAAGUUUUUGGAAUCCUUGAUCAGGACAAGAGUGGUUUCAUCGAAGAAGAUGAGCUUCAGCUGUUUCUGAAGAACUUCUCGUCGAGUGCCAGAGUCCUGACCUCCGCGGAGACCAAGGCUUUUCUGGCUGCAGGUGACACUGAUGGUGAUGGCAAAAUUGGAGUGGAAGAAUUUCAGUCUCUGGUGAAGGCAUAAACAGCAUUAGACCAAAGGCAACCUUGGACUGACUCUUCCAAUUACCUCGUCCAACAAGCACUUCGCACUCAGCAUGUGUUUGUACAUUUUUAUAUUGUUUCAGGCGUUAACAAUUCCCCAUACAUCAAGUUCACACACUGGAUUGCUGUGAAAUCUUGCAGUGUACAGAUGUUUUGGUCACGUGGUAUUGUUACAUUUCCAUUGUAAAGAAGGCACUUUGUGAUUUUCAACCACUCAUAAUGUUGCAAUUGUGGCUGGAGGAGGGGAGAAAAAA